AUGCAGACUGGAGGUUCUGAUAUCAUUGAAAUUGGUCUACCUUUCACCGAUCCAAUUGCAGAUGGACCGACCAUUCAGGGGGCAAAUACUAUCGCCUUGGAAAAUGGGAUGUCAACUACUGCCGCCCUGAAGGCAGUUCUCAACGCUCGUGGGAAAGGAUUGAAAGUCCCGGUCCUUUUCAUGGGCUACUACAACCUGGUCUUGAGUUACGGCGAGCAAGAACUUGUCAAAGAUUGUCGAGAGGCUGGUGUUAAUGGCUUUAUCAUUUGCGAUCUGCCUCCAGAGAAAGCUGUAAAAUUUAAGAGAUUCUGUAAUAAUGAAUGUUUGAGUUAUGUUCCGCUUAUAGCUCCAUCUACAAAGCCUUCCCGUUUGAAGUUUCUCUGUAGUAUGGCCGAUUCAUUCAUAUAUGUUGUUUCUCGUAUGGGGACAACCGGCGCAUCGGGCACAUUGAGCGCUGGCCUUGGUGAUCUCUGUAGGCGCGUACGCGAGGCAUCUAGUGACAUUCCUAUCGCCGUUAGCUUUGGCGUUUCCACCCGUGAUCACUUCGUCUCGGCUGGGCAGUUUUCUGACGGUAUUGUUAUUGGCUCCCAGGUAAUUAAUGUGAUCUCACAAUCAAAACCCGAAGAAAUCAAUGAGAAGGUUAAGGAGUAUUGCCAAAUAAUGGUUGGUAGGAAUGGCAAUGAUUGGACCACUCAUGAAGUCGGGAUUGUGGAAGCCAUUGGAGAGGCCAAUGAGCCACUUGAUGCCCAUCCUACACGUGCCAUCGCUGAAAAGGUUGUUGAGCCAGGCCCUGGCCUAAUAGACCACCUCAAUGCUCUCAACGUCAAUCGUGAAGCCGACCUUCAGUCACUUCCUUCUCGCUUCGGAGAAUUCGGUGGUCAAUACGUACGAGAACCUUUAAUGGGUUGCCUUGCAGAACUAGAGCAUGGUUUUGUCGAAGCAAAUAACGAUCCUACAUUCUGGGAAGAGUUUCAGUCGAACUAUCCCUAUAUGGGCCGCCCAGGGCAACUUCAUCUAGCAGAGAAUCUUACUAAGAAGUGCGGGGGUGCCAAUAUCUGGUUGAAGCGAGAGGAUCUCAAUCACACAGGAUCCCAUAAAAUAAAUAAUGCUAUCGGGCAAAUUAUUAUUGCCAAGCGACUGGGUAAGACCGCGAUUAUUGCGGAAACUGGGGCCGGGCAGCAUGGUGUAGCAACUGCAACUGUCUGUGCUAAGUUUGGUAUGAAGUGCACAAUUUAUAUGGGCGCUGAAGAUGUGAGGCGUCAAGCUUUGAAUGUUUUCAGAAUGAAAAUUCUAGGAGCUCAGGUCGUAUCUGUAGAGGCUGGAUCUCGUACCCUACGUGACGCAGUCAAUGAGGCACUUCGUUCGUGGGUUGUUAACCUUUCAACAACACAUUACCUCAUUGGAUCAGCUAUUGGCCCGCAUCCGUUCCCCACAAUCGUUCGAACCUUCCAAAGCCUUGCGUGGGAGGUGGAUCGAACUGUGCAGGAAUGUUUUAUCCCUUUGCAAAGGAUCUUAAGGUGA